AUGACCGCGACUCAGCCCGACGGGCUUGGCCUGCUAUCACCAGGUCCAUCAACCAGAUUUGCUGCCAACGAUGUCGCAGGCCCCUCGUCAGCUUCAUCCGCGACGCGACCGUUGGCAACACGAGUCCGUUCCGUGCUGCUGCAAGGGCCCAGCGACGGCAAGGACAUCCGCAGAGCGCUCGACACCCUUGCAGAGAUGUAUCCGGCCGCCUCAAGCUCAAGCUCCGGCUCCUCCACCCAGACCGCACAACGAGACACCAAUCUCCGCAGGCCACCAGCCAAGCCACCAACCAGCUCCUCUUCUGACCCUCUCCACCUCGUCGACACCGCUCGGGCCCGUCGCGACCUCGAAGGCGACAUCCAAUCACGCAUGCUCAAUGCGACAGAUGACAUCAUUCGUGUUCUCCAGACCGUCGACGACGGCCUAGUUCGCCUUUCAUCCGACGUUGCUGCGAUGCACACUUCCUGCAACACCGUCCAAGACAAGCUACGCGCAGCAGAAGAAUCUAGUCGCUACCUCGUCGAACAUGCCGAGGGUCUCGAGCGACAGCGAGCAGCUGCACUGACGCAGGUCGAAGUGGCCAACCUCUUCCUCUCGCGCUUCACUCUUUCUGAGGCCGAGCGCGCCUCGAUCUACUCUCGCGAAGUGCGCGUGGCUCAGGAUCUAUUCGGGGCCAUGGACAAGCUGCAGCGCAUACGUAGCGAGUGUCAGGUUCUUCUUCAAGGGUCCGAGUCUGCGCCUGCGUCCGGGUCGACGGCCAGUGCGGGCGGAGGCACUCGCGCAGGGAUGGACAUCAUGAAAUCCACCGCCGAUGAUCUCGAUCAAGCCUACCAGAAGCUAUACAAGUGGUGCUCUUUCGAGUUCCGUCAACCUGUCAAGGAAGGUCUCGAAGUAUCACCCAGUCUCCGCGAGGCGACGAGUCGACUCAAACACGCACGUCAAGACCUGUUGCGGAGCGCACUCACCACGCUGGUCCAAACGCGCAGCUCCAUCCUCGCCAACGCCUUCAUGGCGGCGCUGACGAUGGGUGCGGGACCACCGACGUAUUUGCCGGGACCGAUCGAGCUGCACGCGCACGAUCCGACACGGUACGUAGGUGACAUGCUCGCCUGGAUCCACCAGACCGUGGCGUCGGAGCGCGAGUUCCUCACCGCCCUGUUUGACGAGAAGGAGGGUGAAGGCGGUCGACGCACCGGUCAACGACGUCGUGGGCUAGAGGGCUCAUUGGACCUCACAGGAUCUGAUCCGGACUCGUUACGCCUCGGCCCUGGCGAAGCGCUCGUCCGCGAAGUGUUGAACUCGAACCUCGACGGCUGCUGUCGCCCACUCAAUCUGCGCAUUCAGCAAACCCUUCGCUCACAAGAAGGCAGCGUAACAUCCUACCGUCUCGCCCACCUCGUUCAAUUCUACCGCUCGAUCAUGGCUAAAACCAUCGGCUCGCGCGCUAGCCUCAGCAAGACCCUGGGCGAGCUCUCCGAUUUGGCGGUGAGCGCGUUUGCCGACACGGUCGAGCGGCAGAAGCGCGGGAUCGAGCGGUACGAUGGCGCACCGGAAACGGAUCUCUCGCUCCCGCCGCCGCUCGUUGCGGGAAUCAGCACGGUCAAAGAGCUCAUGGGCGAAUUCUCACGGUCGCUACCUGAAGACGUCCCGCACAGCGAACCACAGCCCCCAACAGAGCCGUCGAAGGUAGCCGCGUCUUUGAGCAACUUCGACUUUGUGCUGAUCAACCUCGUGGACCCGCUGAUCGCGUUGGUAGAACGCAUGGCGGGGGUGCACAUCUCCAAACGGCCCCGCUCGCGCUCCGAAGAGAUGGCGCGGUGGGAAGCGCGUAUCUUCACCUGCAACUGUCUUGAAGCGCUCAGCUCGACUCUCGACAAGCAUCCCUUCGCCUCAUGGAAGGCGGGUCAGCUGCACAGCUCACUCGAGCGCACGCUGGGAGAGCUGACAGAGGAACACGCGGUCAACCUUCUGCAGCGCUCCGGCCUGGCAACUGUUCUCACAGCCAUGAAGGCAAGGAAGGAGGGGACGAAGCUGUCAAGCGUACCUGGAGCGAGGGGUGCAGAGGUGCUGGGGGCGCUGACGACGUUCGAGCAGUGUCUGGCGCAGGAAGAUCUGCUCACGUCAAGGAAUCUGGCAAGGCUGGCUAGCCCAGCGGCUAGACACAGGGUGCAUAUUGCGGGUCUGCAACGCAUGACACAGUCGUAUCGAGACAUCGUGGAGGCCGUACAGGACAGGACGAAUGGGUACGAGGACGGCUUGGUCAAGACGACCCCCGAGCACGUGGGCAUUCUGCUCGGUCUCUAA